AAAAAAAAAAAAUUAAACAAAUAAUAAAAAUUUUACAAGAUAUAUAUUAAAGAGCUUUGUGAAGACGAAGGAUUCCUAAAGGCCCCCUCAGGAGCUUCCCCCUUAUUCAGAGAGUACAGAAGGAGAGGGUUGAAAAGAAAAAAAGGAGAAAAAUGGACUACAUGUAUGGACCAGGGAGGCACCAUCUGUUUGUGCCAGGGCCAGUGAACAUACCGGAACCGGUGAUCCGGGCGAUGAACCGGAACAACGAGGAUUACCGGUCACCGGCUAUUCCGGCACUGACGAAAACUUUGUUGGAAGAUGUGAAGAAGAUAUUCAAGACAACAUCUGGGACACCUUUUCUGUUUCCAACCACAGGGACUGGUGCUUGGGAGAGUGCCUUGACCAACACGCUAUCUCCUGGAGACAGGAUCGUCUCGUUUCUGAUCGGACAGUUUAGCUUGCUCUGGAUUGACCAGCAGAAGAGGCUAAAUUUCAAUGUUGAUGUGGUUGAGAGUGAUUGGGGACAAGGUGCUAAUCUCCAAGUGUUGGCCUCGAAGCUCUCUGAAGAUGCGAGUCAUUCCAUCAAAGCCAUUUGCAUUGUCCACAAUGAGACAGCUACUGGAGUCACCAACGACAUCUCUGCUGUCCGAACCCUCCUUGAUCACUACAAGCAUCCGGCUUUGCUGCUUGUGGACGGUGUCUCGUCCAUUUGUGCGCUUGAUUUCCGAAUGGAUGAGUGGGGAGUGGAUGUUGCCUUGACCGGCUCUCAGAAAGCCUUAUCUCUUCCAACAGGACUUGGUAUUGUGUGUGCUAGUCCUAAAGCCUUGGAAGCUACCAAAACCUCUAAAUCCCUCAAAGUAUUCUUUGAUUGGAAUGACUACCUCAAGUUUUACAAGCUGGGAACCUAUUGGCCUUACACACCUUCCAUUCAACUCCUCUACGGUCUCAGAGCCGCUCUUGAUCUUAUCUUCGAGGAAGGACUUGAGAAUAUAAUCGCUCGUCAUGCUCGUCUCGGAAAGGCCACCAGGCUGGCGGUGGAAGCAUGGGGGCUGAAGAACUGCACACAGAAGGAGGAGUGGAUAAGUAACACUGUGACAGCAGUAAUGGUGCCCCCAAAUAUAGAUGGCUCAGAGGUAGUGAGAAGGGCAUGGCAGAGGUACAACCUAAGUCUUGGUCUUGGUCUCAACAAAGUGGCUGGAAAGGUUUUCAGAAUUGGACACCUUGGAAAUGUGAAUGAGUUGCAACUUUUGGGAUGUCUUGCUGGAGUGGAGAUGAUACUGAAGGAUGUUGGGUACCCGAUUGUAAUGGGAAGUGGAGUUGCAGCUGCUUCUACUUAUCUUCAGAACCACAUCCCUCUCAUUCUCUCUAGAAUCUAAUCCAUUUCUACAACUCUUUCUCUAUCUUUCUCUUCCUCUCAAUGUAAACAACUCUCAUGUUUUCUCUUUUCUCCUUUCUAUAUUUUUACUACAUUAUCUAUGUUUUUAUUUGCUAUGAUCACCAACAAACUUAUUAAACAAAAGGUCAAAUUAUUUAUUACUCA